AAAAAAAAAAAAAGUUGAUUUAAAAAAUAAAAAUCGUCGGUGAAAUGGCGGCGGCGGACAGAAAGAGGUCCGGGCGGAAAACAGGGAGGGCAUCGGCGGCGGCGAGGAGAGAACGAGAAGCUGCGGUGGUUUCUGUAUAAAGUUACAGAACGAAGGGGGAGGAGGGGGAAAAAUUGCACCGGCGUUACUGUGUCGGAGCCAAAACGGCGUUGUUGUCUUCGUGGCAUUGAGCAAACCUGCUAAACCGUAGAUCCAGCCAAAUCUGUACCAGAUUCAGAGAGAGAGAGAGAGAGAGAGAGAGAGAGAAGGAAGAAGAUGAUGAAGAAGAGAGUGUUAGUGAUUGGAGGAAGCGGUUACUUGGGCCAGCAUCUUCUGCAAUCCCUUUCGCAGAUAGAAGAUCCGGCCCUUUCGUUCGACAUAGCUUUCACCCACCACUCUUCUCCUCCUCCACAGCCCUUGCUCACCGCCAUUCCCCAGGCGCUCGCUUUCCCCCUUGAUUUACGCUCCGGGCAUGGCCUCGACUCUGUCUCCCAAGCAUUUGGCCAGCCUGACGUGGUGGUCAAUUGUGCUGCUCUCUCAGUUCCUCGUGCUUGUGAAACAGAUCCUGCAGCUGCCAUGUCCAUUAACGUGCCUUCUGCUCUUGUGAAGUGGUUAUCGUCUUUCAGAGAGAAUAAUACUCUUCUGAUUCAUCUAUCAACUGAUCAAGUUUAUGAAGGGGUAAAGUCUUUCUACAAGGAAGAGGACGAGACUAUCCCUGUGAAUGUUUAUGGGAAAUCUAAAGUUGCAGCAGAGCAGUUCAUCUGCACAAACUGCUUCAACUUUGCCAUCUUGAGAAGCAGUAUUAUCUAUGGGCCACAGACUAUCUCCCCUGUUCCAAAGUCCCUGCCAAUUCAGUGGAUGGAUGGUGUCCUAGGCAGAGGAGAUUCAGUGGAGUUCUUUCAUGAUGAGUUUCGUUGCCCAGUCUAUGUCAAGGAUGUUGUUACCAUCAUAAAAAAACUGAUUAACGUGUGGAUCUCAGAAGGAAAACAAAUGCAAUUGUUCCUAAAUGUGGGUGGACCAGACAGGGUAUCGCGUGUUCACAUGGCCGAAGCUGUGGCACAUAUUAGAGGUUACAACACCUCGUUGAUUAAACCAGUAUCUGCAUCAUCGAUUGAUCGCGGUGUUGAGUCCCCGGCUGACAUAUCCAUGGACAUCACUAAACUGAUGCGAACGCUGGAUUUUUCUCCCACUCCAUUCAUAGAUGGAGUCAGAGCGACGCUUGCAGCUGCAGCUGGUUCUUGAUGUUCCAGAGAUGCAGUUUUUGCCUGUCUGAUUGUAUCUCAAUUUCAUUUGAUCAGGUGCUGCCUGGUGUGGCUGGUGCAUGAUCUUCAAUGGCAGCCAUUGAUAUGUUUGUUGAAGAUGAUAUGAAGGCCAACAACAGGUCCGGAGAAUUGAACAAAGUAAAUCAUUAGAAUUAGUUUUCAAUGGCUCGCUGUAAAACCCAUUUGCUUUGCCUUUUAGGUUCCGUUUGUUUGGCCGAAAGUAUUUUCUUUAGGGAGAACAUUUUUCUGGAAAACAAUUUGCUGAAAAGUGUUUUUCUGAAGUGUAUUUUUUGUUGUUUGGAUGUGAAUUGAAAAUAUUGUUGAAAAACCAUUUUCGGUA